CCACUUGCGUUGCUGUACAGCAUUUAAGUAGAGAACACUGACAAAAACAGUUUUAAGCGCAGCCAAGUGUAUCUUAAACACUGAAAUGGUGAAUUUUAUACGAAUUUGUUUGGUAUUUUUAAAUAUUUUUGCUAUUCUCGUGAGUAGUUCGGACUCUGCUGAAAAUGAAAAUCAUUAUCCUUUCGUGAAAAUCGGUAGCAAGUACUAUUUUAUAAAUGCAUAUUUGAAGAUGAACUGGUUCGCCGCUUCUUACUACUGUCGCUCUUAUGGCGGUGAGUUGGCGCAUAUUGAAUCGCCUGAAGAAUUAGAGGCACUGCAAAUAUAUAUUUUUUCUCAAAAUAUAUCAAAGCAAUUUUGGAUUGACGGCAAUGAUUUGGCAACCGAAGGAACAUUUAUGUCACACACCACUGGACGACCCUUGAUCUACACCAACUGGCUAGAAAAUAAUCCAAGCAAUUCAAAUAAUGAAGAUUGCAUUGAACUUUAUCUCUACGAUAAGAAACUGCUAAUGAAUGAUAUUAAAUGUGAUGACGAAUUAUUAGCGCUUUGUCAGUAUCGCGCACCUACCAUGUACGGUAAUGCAAAAAUUUCUUUAAUGAAUUCAUCUGAAAAUUGUAUGCUGAAGAACUUAGCUGAGGCUUUGACGCAAGCGGCCGAUAUUUGUAAUUCAUGCUCGCAACAUGCACUCCAGCCAACGGCAUAGUGAUUGUGCGGGAGUUUGUUAAAAUAUAAUAUAUAUAAUGCAAUAUAAAGAAAAGAGGAAAGCUCAUCCAAAGUGUACCAUUUGCUUAAAUAUAUGACUUAGUUCCACAUAUAUCUUUAUAAUACUACUUUAAUCCUUAUAUAUAUCUUAUGUUAAUAACAAACAAAAAUACAAAGAAGGUGUAUCUUUUUAUGUGUUUAGACACUGUGGAAACUGCAAGGAUUAAACUAAAUA